UAUCUGUUUAUCUUGAACCCUCAUAAGUAUUUUGUUUUUCUACAAAAUUAACAAAUACUUAGGUACAUGUUAAUUUGUUCAGUGCAUUGGACGGAAUGAAAAACUCGUUGAUCGUUUUACUGAUUUUGUCAGGAAUUCUACAGAUUCUGGGACAAAAAUGUCAGCCCAAGGAUUACGGAAAUGGUGGAACAGUUUGUGUGUGUAAUGCAAACCACUGCGAUACAGUCGAACCCGUGAAGAAACUCGAUCCAGGAUAUUACGUUACGUAUACGUCGAAUAAAGAAGGUUUGAGGUUCGAAAAAGAAGAGGGAAAAUUCGGACCAGAUGAGGAAGCAUUGAAAAAUAUCAUUAUAAUCAGGCAGGAUGGGUACCAGGAAGUUUUGGGUUGGGGAGGCACUUUCACUGAUGCUGCAGGAAUCAACAUAAAUUCUCUACCUAGCGCUGCUUCGGAAAAGUUGAUGAGGUCAUAUUUCUCCGAAGAAGGUAUCGAAUACAACUUGUGUAGAGUUCCACUUGGAGCUUCAGACUUUUCCGCGCAUCCUUACUCCUAUCAUGACGAAGAGGAUGACCAGUUACCCAACUUCAAACUUGCAGAAGAAGAUUAUACACUCAAAAUACCAUUGAUUCGGAAAGCUAUGGAAUUGACAGAUGGAGAUUUGAAACUUUUUACUUCUGCCUGGAUAGCCCCGAAGUGGAUGAAGGAAAAUGGAGAAUAUUCAGGAAUGUUUGGAUUUCUGAAGGAAUCCAAGUACCAAGUUUGGGCAAAUUACUUUCGGAAAUUCUUGGACGAAUACAAAAAGGAAAAUAUUACAUUUUGGGGAAUAACAACCGGCAACGAGCCCAGUUUGGGACUUACACCAGCCAAAAUUCCUUCAGUUGCUUGGACUGUGGAGGGAAUGGUAAAUAUCAUAUGUGCAGAUGGGGCGACGAUAAACGUGUUCCCGAAACCGGUCAUAUUGGAGAAAAAAGAAGUUUCGGACUAUAUUGAUGGAGUGGCAGUUCAUUGGUAUACUGACUUAUUGAUUGGUCCUGACUUGCUGUCAGGAUUGCAUGAAAAACAUCCAGACAAGUUCAUUCUGGGCACAGAAGCUUGUUUAGGCGCUACUCCCUUCGGAUCCCACGUUAUAUUGGGCUCUUGGUUGAGAGGAGAAUAUUAUGCGAAAGACAUUAUUCAGGACUUAAAUCACUGGGCGACAGGUUGGGUAGACUGGAAUCUGGCUCUCAAUUUGACAGGAGGUCCAACAUAUAUUGACAAUUUUGUUGAUUCUCCCAUAAUUGUGAAUGCAUCUAGUGGGGAAUUUUACAAACAACCAACAUUUUAUGCGAGGGGGCAUUUCUCAAAAUUCAUUCCAAGAGGUUCGGUGAGAAUCUAUUCCAGCCAAUUUGAUGACAAGGUGCCUGUGACUGCUUUCCGUAGACCCGAUGGUGGAGUGGCAAUUAUUAUUUUGAACCAAUAUGAGCAUCCCGUCAAAGGAAAAAUAUUCGACAUAAGAAGAGGAGAAAUAGUUUUUAAUUUAUCAAGUAAAUCUUUAACAUCUCUGUUGUACUGGUAAUUGUGAAAAAGAAAAAUAGACACGUUCCCCAUGAAAUGAA